AUUUUAUGUGCAAUUGCUGUGUAUGUGUAAAGCGUUUUGUAAAAAAAGUUCUGUUUUUGAUUUUGGUGUCAACAUUUUUUGGGGUUGUUAGUUUAAACUGUUAUUGUAUUUCAAGAUUAGUUUGCAAUCAUGUUAUUAACCUUAUCAGUAAAUCACAGUCCAUUUAUAGGGCUGUCAUUAAAAUACAUUGCAUGUUGUUUGCAGGGCUGGUUAUGGUCAGAUCUCUUUUGCGUAAAUCUGGUUUAUUACAAAACACUCUGAAAACACUACCAUACAAACAAGUGAUGACACACAGCCAGUAUGAUUAUGUGAAGUCAUUUGAAAUACCAGACCCAUGCCUGCCCAACUGUUGGCCCGUUGUAAGAAUCGAUGGCAAAAACUUUCAUAAAUUUUCAACGACGCAUAACUUUGAAAAGCCGAAUGAUGAUAGAGCGUUAAAGUUAAUGACUGCAGCUGCUACCUCAGUAAUGGACUUGUUAAAUGACAUUGUACUGGCAUAUGGGCAAAGCGAUGAAUACUCUUUUGUGUUUAAAAAGAAGACAAAAGCAUACAACAGAAGAUCAAGCAAACUUUCUUCUGUGGUUGUCUCACAAUUCUCCACAUCUUAUGUUUACCAUUGGAAGAAAUAUUUUCCCGAUCUUGAACUACAAUAUCCUCCUGCAUUCGACAGUCGCUUGGUGCUUUACCCAAGUGACAAAAAUUUAAGAGAUUAUUUAAGCUGGAGACAAGUUGACUGCCACAUAAACAACAUGUACAACUAUUGCUUCUGGAAGCUUGUACAGUCAGGGUUAACACAUGUGGAAUCUCAAGAAAGGCUCAAGGGUACUCUGUCUGGAGAUAAAAACGAACUCCUGUUUUCUCAGUUUGGCAUCAACUACAACAAUUUGCCUCAAUUGCACCGGAAAGGAACAGUGAUAAUACGUGAUAAGUCUGAAAACGGCGACUGUACGCCUGGAAAAAAUGGAAAAGACAAGGUCGCUGUCGUUGCUCUUAACACUGACAUAAUCGGAAAGCAAUUCUGGGAAGGGAGGCCGCAUUUGCUCGCCGGGUGACAUUUAAACAGGAAAGAACUCGACCUUGGUUAAGCGGUUUAUAGAUUGUGCUCACUGCUCGGAAUACAACGAACAAUUGUCCUAGUUGCGUGCAAACGGGAGUGGCAAGCCGGGCACGUAGUUCAUCAUUUUUGAACAGCAAGUAAACAUACACGAAGCGAACUGCACGGGCGAUGCAUUACAGUCUACCGUCUUAUCAAUGCACCCCGUGUUGUCUUACUCUGCCUAAUUGGGGCUCCUGUAUAACCUAGUUUCGGCAGCCAGCGCUUUUCCUGGCUUGUGCAGCAAGUUCUCACGGUACGCACCUGCUUUAGAGUUUGUAAACAUAGAUAGAAAGAUGACCCAACCCCACCCGCGACCCAAUUGUGCCACACACGGAGCGACAAUGGAUUUCUACGAAGACUUCAUCACAAAAGCUAUUGUUUUGUAGCUUGCUGCACUUAAUGGUAGCGCUGCGUACAGGACCGUGGUCACGAGUUAAGGAUGGACGCUUUGAUGUUAUAGGAUUAAUUCUGCCGAAACUAGGUGUUACUAUUAAAACAAGCGCUUUUAUUCUUUCUCGGAAGAAACGAUGCUGCACGAAAUAGUAAAUAACCAGAAAAGUAAUGGUUUUAAUGCAAGCCAAAUGCAGCAACGGUAAUUGAACCGAAGCGGCGAUUCUUGUCCGCAACAACACAAUUCACGGCUCUUCUAAAGGUAACCGAGCACCUGUGGUCUUAAAUUACUCGCCUCAAAGCGACCAAAACAAGAUUUUCGGUAGUGAUAGACUAUUUUUAGAACGUCCACUACGUUUUCGUCUUCACGAUACACGAUACCCCUACAAACCAGUAAGCGGGCAGUGAAUGUAGUCGCGUAAAACAGCGGACAACAAAGACGCGACUUUACUGUGACCUUAGACUGAGCAGAACAGGCGAAUUUCACGGUCGUUAAUGUUUCUAAUCCGAUUCCGGUAUCUCGGAAGCGAGUCUUUGUGACUCGGGUGCACGGACACAGCUCCAAUUUGACUGGCGCGGUGAAUCAUUUAGUUGGUGGUUAUCGAUUCGAGUGCAGCCAAAAUAUACACGUCGUAUUUUAUCACACUUUAAGAUCUCCGAAGUUAAUGCUGCAGAUUUACAGUUCGAACGAUCACACAGCUAGUGAAUCACGCAUGGACUUUCCCAGUUCUAUCUGUGUCACACAGCGGACCAGGGUAGCUUUGUAUUACACUUAUAUCAUUUGAAAAUACAGCUUACCGGUCACAGUGAUGUAACUGUUGACUCA